GUCUUUGGAAAGAUGUCCAAAAAUCCCUGUGUAUAAAGUCUCUCGUAUAAUCCCCAUCUUCUGGUGGGAUCUCCAGGCCAAAGCCUGAGCAGGCUGGUUUCUCUCGGGGUGGUGUGAUCUCUCCGGCAGCCGGAGUCGGGUUCCAGCGUGAGGUUAUUUUAAGGAUAUGCUCUGUCACAGCUGUUGUCUCGGGGCACCAUAGUGCUUCUGGAAUUCCUUCACCUUUUUCUCUUCGGUCGUAGAAGUGGACAAACUGCUGCCAUUAACCUCUCUUCCACCUCGGAUAGAAGACCUGAUUGUAUGAUGGAGAAAAAUCCUCCGCCAUCCACCGAUGCUACCGACCAGGUCAGAGGUCUCGAGGAGAAACCGGUGGACCCAAUGGAGGUCUUCAGCAGGCAGUUGGAGGACAUCAUCAACACGUACGGCUCUGCAUGUAGCCUGAUGGAAGAGAAGAUCGCCAUGCUGGAGAAAGAUGAAGAGAGACUGGAUGAAGCGAAUAAGGCGAAGGAUUUGGCUGUGAACCCGGGGGUGAAUGGCAGCCCUGAGACAGAACAAAUGUUCGGAGUGCUCCUGGAAGAGCUCGGUAAAGAUGCUUCACCUGAGGAGAAACUGGAGACUGUUUUGAGGAAAUAUGCCGAGCUGUUGAAGGAGCAGAUGAGUAUGCAGGACCUGCUGAAGCUGCUCCAGGAGAAACAAGGCGUCCUGGUGAAACAAAGAGACCAGCUCCAGAUAGAGCACAGUCAGGGGAUCCUGGCCAGGAGCAGACUGGAGAGCCUGUGUCGUGAGCUUCAUAAACACAACAUGACCCUGAAGGAAGAAAUGCUGCACAAGUGUCAGGAGGACGAGAAAAAGCGAGCAGAGAUCACGUCUCACUUCCAAACCACUGUGGUGGACAUUCAGGCCCAAAUCGAACAACACAGCAACCGCAACAACAAACUGUGCCAUGAGAACAACGAGCUGGCUAACAAGCUCACCUCUAUCAUCCAGCAGUAUGAGAAGAGGGAGGAGAGCUUAGAGAAGCUCUUCAAGCAGAAGAGCCUGCAGCAGCAGCUGUCAGAUACCAAACUGGAAGAAGCAAACUUGGCGCUGAAAGAAGCCGGAGAGAAGCAUAUGAGGGAAAAGGAAUACUUGCUUAAAGACGCAAUUGAAAAAACAAAGAAAUGCUUCACACUGAAGGAGCAAGAGUUGCAGAUGAAGAAGCAGCUCGUGUUGUACUCUCAGAAGUUCGACGAGUUCCAGACAACCCUGGCUAAAAGCAAUGAGGUCUACGUCGCUUUCAAACAAGAGAUGGAAAAGAUGUCCAAGAAAAUGAAGAAACUGGAGAAAGAGUCGAACGUGUGGAAGAUACGCUUCGAAAGCUGCAACAAAGCUCUCACUGAUAUGAUCGAGGAGAGAUCCGAGAAGGGCAAGGAGCUUGAGAUGUUCACCGUGAAGAUCGACAAGCUGGAGACACUGUGCCGAGCACUACAGGAGGAGAGAAAAGUCCUGUAUGAGAAGAUAAAGGACAUUCGCUUGCAGACCAUUUCGGCCUCGGAGGCCGUGGCGAUUAUUGUUGAGGAGGAGAUUCCUGAACUCAACCAGCUAACCAUCUCUGAGACAGAGAGGAACCCAGCGUUAACAAGUGAGAUGGAGAAGCUGUGGAAGGAACAAGCGCGUCUGGAGGAAUUUGCAGCCUCACUGAUCGCCUCAACUUCAGACGACAUGGAGGGAUCGGACAGUGAGGAGGAACCCUCUGAACCUGCGCAUCCAAUUCCUGUUGUUCCUGUGCCAAAUAAAACAUCCACUGUUAACUUAACAGAGGAACGCGGUGUGGAUGAAGAUCGCAAAGAGGUACAUAAAGAGGUGGUCCAAUUAGAGGCCAAUCAGCAAGAGAAAAAACAACCUAUAGAAAAAGCAUCUAAGGCAGAACCUCCUAAAGCUGAACCCCCCAAAGCAGAACCACCCAAAGUAGAACCUCCCAAAGCCGAGUCACCCAAAGCACAACCAUCCAAAGAAGAACCACCCGAAGCAGAACCACCUAAAGCAGAACCACCCAAGGUAGAACCCUCCAAAGUAGAAUCAUCCGAAGUAAAACCUAAUGUAGAACCACCUAAAGUAGAACCACCAAAAGUAGAACCCCCUAAAGCAGAAUCACCCAAAGCAGAACCACCCAAAGCAGAAUCCCAAAGAAAAAUCCCCAAAGUAGAACCACCUAAAGUAGAACCUUCCAAAGCAGAACCACCUAAGGUAGAGCCCUCUAAAGCAGAACCAUUCAAAGUCGACCCCCAAAGCAGAGACAUCCAAAGCAGAAUCCCCAAAAGCAGAACCCCCAAAGUAGAACCACCUAAAGUAGAACCCUCCAAAGCAGAACAAUCCCAAGUAAAACCUAAAAUAGAACCACCUAAAGAAGAACCCCUAAUGCAGAACUAUCCAAAGCAGAACCACCUAAGGUAGAACCCUCCAUAGCAGAACCAAUCAAAGCAGAAUCCCAGAAAGCAGAACCCACCAGAAAACAACAAGCCAAACAAGAAACACCCAAAAACAACAAUCCAAAGCAGAACCAUCCAAAGAAGUUCUCACUAAAGGGCCGAGCAAAAAAGCGGCAAGACCAGAAGGAAACAAGCAGCACACACCCAAGCAAAAACCCAACCGGCCAAAUUCUGUUGAAAUCAAAGAACCCAAAUCCAAAGAAGUCAAGCCACCAACGGUUCCAGCUCAAGCUCCAGAAGAACCUUCUCACAAAAAUGAACUCCAUCCAGAACAAGAGCCAAUGACUGACUCAGGGAAAGAAUCCCAAUCUAUACAAGUAGAGUCUCCGGAUACAGAACCUCCUGCACAUGAGGUGUCUACAGGGGCAUCGGGAUCUCAAAACCCCAAACCCUCCCAAGAGGCUACACCCACUCCAGUGAAUAAACCCCACCCCAAAAAACAGGGCGGGGCUAAGAAGAAAGGAGCACCGAAAAGCGCGAAGAAGAGCUGAAGGAGCUGAAUGGAGAGAAAGUGUGUGAUUCCAGGCAUUCCUGUGAUUCCUGAUUUCCUCUCUUAUGAUAUGUGUAUUUGUGUGUGUGUGUGUGUGUGUGUGUGUGUGUGGCUGCGUGCAGUGCUGUGUGAAGAAACCAUUUAGUUCCCCAAACCCCCAAAAAAAAGUUUAUUAAAGUGCCAUGAUAGGUGUUAUUGAGUGUA